CGUUUCAAUACUAAAAUAUGUUCACCAAUGCUAUGUUAACUGGUUUUGAACUAUAUCCUCGUUGGGUGCCCCUGUUACCUUUAGUACUUUCAUGACUGAAGCAUAGAACAAAGCAGCAAUUCUUCGAUUUACCGACUGCAUGCGAGUUAUUUCGAACAAAAUACACUUAUUAACGGAAUGACACUCUUUUUCCCCGAUAAUUCGAUAGCCUUUGUUUUUACAGACGUCUCUAGAAGAAAAUAAAGGUAAAUAGCUGAUUUCUACAGCGUAUUUAACGAAUAUUCGUCUCCGCAGUCGCUUCCUGCGAGAUGUUCACUCUUCGCCAUCUUGACACAAAUGAUCAGAUUUUGAAUACCGCCCAUGAUGCUUUGCGAUCCCAGUGCGCACACCGCCUGUUUAAACUGUGUAUCAUUAUGAAACGGUUUUGAAGGCUAGUGAUCAAAGUGAUAUCUUAUGGUUCGUCUCAAGUGCUUGUAAUUUGAGGAGACACCGGCCAGAGUGAGUCGAGCGUGUAAAAAUAACUUUUUGUUUUACUGGUGCAAUAGAUGUUCUACAGGGCGCAAUUGUUCAAAAACAUUUCUUUGGAUAAUUUUCUCUGUUACUGUUAAGAGCACCCAAUCAUCAACUAGUUGACAAAAUGAAGCUUUCACAUCUGAAUUCAAAUUUCGCACUAACCCUCCUCGCAUGCGUUAUCUUUACCCAGCUUUGAACAACCCGGCCCAGGUAUUGUUAAAAAGCAAACAGUUGACAAAGUUUUAGUUGUAAUCAUUAAUUCAGUUACCUAUUGGGGAUCCACACGCAGAAUACUGAAAUUUACUAUAAAAUGAAACUGUUACUGACAAGUCUUCUUAACUUGUGAUGAUAUUGAAGAUCGACUUAAGACCAUAUUUUUUGUGGUGAAGGCCGGGGCACAAUAGGGAGCUUAAGCAACAACGUUUUUGAGCGACGCACGUCAACAGGAAGUGGCCUUUUUUCAUUUUUUGACGGUGGUUUCGCGCAAAUUUUCAGUCAAAUCGCCUCUAUAACAGUAAAGAAGCUAAGGAAUACAAAUUUUAUAUCAUCAAGGCAUGUUAAGAGGGAAAAUACCUCACUUCCGGUUGACGUGCGUGGCUCAAAAACGUCGCUGCUUAAGCUCCCUAAUGAUUGUGUUUGAACACUUGUUCACUUAUACUGCACUUCUCAAUUUCAUACGUUUCAAGGGAAUCAUCAAAGCCUUCAGUGGAAUUUGUGUGCGGCUCACGUCAAUAACUUUUCCAGUAAUUUUUGGUCACGUUUUUCCGCAUAAACUGAACAUAGAGCUGAAAUGUUCGUUUGUCAGGUGCCGAAAAUAUCACAAGUCAUGAUGAAAUGGCGCCGCCGAGCUUUACACUUUGAGGAACAACGGCCGCCGAGCUAGACAACUCGGUAGCCUACUCGGUUGAUUACUUUGUGACACUAGUGUCCCCUAGCUGCACAUCUCAGUAGAUUUACUUUUUGCACAACAGACGCCAAGCUGCACAACUCGCCGGUAAUUUUUCAUGCGCAACGGCCGCCGAGCUAAACAACCCGGUUUGAUGCAUGCACCAGGAAUCGCACGCAUUUUCCAAAGAAAAUAUAAAGGCUUAAUCCAAAGCAAAAUUUACUCAGGGUGUAAAUUAAACUUUCAACAAACUUUUGAAAGGUUAACGGUUUGGAAGAUUCAUUAGACACUGAUCGAUUGUAGACCUUCAGCAAACUGUUAAAUCAUGUACGCUUUACGAAGAUAGACCUUGUCACGGUUUUCGACGCCAUGGCCAUCUUGACGAAUAGGCAAACGCGUGAGAAAUCACAGUGUUUCUAUGAGAAUCCAGUGUCGAAUAAUUUCGGUAAAAAGGCUGUUCUGGAAAAAAUAUGAACUGUAAACUAAAGCUACACAGCAAAGGAUAUUACCAACAUAUUUUGGAGGCCGUUACUGUGCUUAAAUUUCUCCAGAAGCUUGCUUUAGAUUUUCCAUAUAUUUGUCUGCAAUUUUUCCCGAAAAAUUUUUACAGACAAAUGUAUAGAAAAUCUUUAAAAAAGGGUCUAGGUCUUCUAGCGCAUAUAACGCCCUCAAAUUUUUUCAGUAGAAGCCUUAAGAAUGAAGCUGUAGUUUACAGUUCAUAUAUUUUUUAAAACAGCCGUUUUACGGAAAUUAUUAGACGUUAGAUUCUCAUACAAACACUGUAAUUUCUCACGGGUUUGCCUACUCGUCAAAAUGGCGUCGAAAACCGUGACAAGGUUUAUUCAGCACACUUUUAAAAGAUGAACGCUUUACUAAGACAGACAGACCUCAGCAAACGUUUGAAGGAUGGGAGCCCGAAAAAAAUGAUUGUCAAAUUUCACAAACAUUUUACACAUGAAAUUUUCAGAAUUUUACCUGUUUUUUCACAAUUCUUGUGAAAUUUGACAUUCAUGUUCUCGGACUCCCAUGAGAAAGUCCUUGAUAUUAUUACGAAUGACUAAUUACGUCUUAGCCCUUGAAAAAUGUAAGAAAGAAUGCAAUAUUCUUUUAAUUGUUCUGGUACAAGGUGUUUGUCCACUGAAAUUUAAAAUUACUCAAUUUACUGAGCUGGUGGACUCCGUCUUAAAGUCUCGGUGUGUCAUCUUGUAAUGACCUGAAGUGAAAUGAAUGAACCAACCACUGAUCAACACCAAUGGUUGUCUUGCACGCUUGACUAAUGUAAAUUUUUUUUUUUAAUUAUCAUGGAGUUACAUUUAAUGCAGAAACUGCUUUGCAGUUGACAAUAUAUCGAAACAAGAGCAUAUUGAGUUAAUAUCGCUUAACAAGUGCAUUGUUUUAAAUGCAUAUAAUUAUAGUUUUAAUGUAUAUAUUGUGGUUGUUUUUUCUAUCUCAGGAAAGUUUUAUUUUUUCACGUUUUUGGGUAUGAUAUUUUUUUAAUGAAUUUGAAACAAAGGAAAAACAAAAAUUAGUUGAAAUAAAAAAAUAACUGCAACAUACAUCAAACGGUGAAUUCUUAAAUAUUUCAACACCUUCUCUGAAACAGGCCAUCUAAUAGAGUAAUCGAAUUAAAUUUUUUAGCUAAGAAUUUUCGGGUCAAAUUUUGCAGGAAACAAGUCUAUUAUGUGGCAAACUGUGCCAUUUCCUCGGGGUAUGAUACUGGGCAUAGAACACUUACAGUGUCAUUUUAUUGAUAACAAAAUUUGAAAAUUUCAGAGGCUACAUAGUGUCCAAAAGCUAGCUAAUUAGUCUUAACUGGCAGUUGAGUUUGUUUUUUGGUGCAGAUUAUGCAAUUUCUUAUCCUUCUAGAUAACGGUUUCUUCCUCCCUUAGAACUUGAAAUACUUCAAAACAAAGGAUUUAUUGAAAAAGAUGUGCUGAUUUUGACCUUGGAGGAUCCCAAAGGUGGCGUUGGAAGUGGUGGUGCCCUGAUUAAUGCCUUACUUGUGGUCACAGAGCAUCUGAGUGCUAAAGCAGGCUUUGGGGUUGGUAAUAAUUAUGACUGUAUAACACGCUAUUUUUACCUAAGACCUUUUCUAUCAGAACAUUUUUUUUGUCUUGUGUUCACACUUAGAUGUAACCAACUGUAACUGUCUGUCUCAAAGAGGUGUUGGCCGUAUUAUAGUCAGUCAUAGAUUAAACCGUUUAUUAGCUAGCCCCAAUGUCCUGAUUUAAAAUUCUCCAUACUGAACUCCACACAAAAAAAAAAUUAUCCUUAAAGAAUUAUUUGAGGGAACUGAAUUUCUUUAAAGAUGAAAGAUCAAUGUAUUUUCCUUUAGGGUUAUCAUUUCAUUAAUGUAAAAUGAUAGGAAAUACUUUGAUCUUUAACAAAUUCAGUUUUGUCACUUAAUUGUUGAAGGAAAUUUUUUUUGUUGCAAAUCCCAUACAAUAGAACUUGAACUACUACCUUGCUGACUGCAGAAAUUUAGGGCCUGUUUACAUAGAGGUGGAGGACCCCAGGAAGGUGAGGUAAACCGCUUAGGUGGGGUUACCUGCCUGUCCAUAUAAUCUCUCAUUUUGAUGGGAUCACGUUUACAUUUUAGGUGGGGUAACCCGCCACAUGCUACCACACCUACCUGGCGUCCCCCACCUUCAUGUAAACAGGCCCUUAUUGAAGAAAAAUUCAAAUGCAACUUUUGUACUUAGUGCUAAGCCUGCUUACUGGUUACAACUUCUUUUCAUUCUUACAAUAGGUCGUUACACAAAGUGUUUUGAAGAAUGCAAGGAUACUCAUCAUGCAUAUGGCAUGUACUAAUCUAUUAUUACUCUCAUCAUCAUUAUCACAUUAUGUAGCUUUUUCUCUGUUUUUGAGCUGAUCAUUGACAAGAUAGCAAGUCUCUAUGGUAAUAAAGAUUGAAAUUCCUGCGCAGCGUAGUUACUUAAUGUUAAUUUUAAAACUGUAAAAUAGACACUGCUAUUUUAAGAGACUUAACCGACGUUUUGGCAAUGCUGCCUUCUUCAGGGUACAAGACUAAUCUUGUGCCAUGAACAAGGCAGCAUUGCCGAAACGUCGGUUAAGUCUCUUAAAAUAAUCAGCGUCGAUUUUAUAAUUUUCAAAUUAACGUCAAGUCUCUAUGGUACAUGAUAACCUCGUCAGUUACUUCCUCCUGCUAGGUACACCACAUGGUUAGCUCAUUUGGGAGAGCGCCCGUCUGCUGAGUGGGAAACCACGGGUUCAAACCCCAGCUGGACCAUCACUCAUCUUAAAAUAACUGAGGAGAAAGUGCUACCUUUGAAUGAAAUCUGCAAACUAAAUUUCCUAGUCUUCUCACAACAAUUUCACUUGAUAUAUAGUUCUUGUGGGAUGUAAAAGAACCUACACUGCUGUUCGGAAGGAGCAGGGGAUGUAGACCCUGGUGUUGUGGCCGACCUUUCUUGGGCUGGGUAUAGGUUAUUAAGGAGAGGUAUUUUAAUGUUAUAUAGGGAUAACCUAAUGAUCGUCCAUCAGGUGUACUAAUGGCUACCUGUAAACAGUGUAUGUAUGUAUGUAUAUAUGUGAGCAUAAAUUCGUUCUGGUUACAUCGGACUGAAAUUUUCAUAGAAACUUGUUUGUCUCUCGUCCUUUUAAUAUUCUUUUGUAACAGCCCAUUUUUGUAAGUAAUGAAGUAAUAGAGUGCUAAAGUGUGACGUCAUAAAAAUGAAAUUUCUGAAAUUAUGGGAUUUGCCGGGAUAUUCUGAAAGGACAAUGUCCAAGAGGCCAACUUGCCAAAAAUGAGCAUUUCGGGGCAAAUUGUCUCUGAGAUCGUAGCCCAGUUAUGCUUAGAAAACUUCAUACAAACCCUUCUAAAUUUUUUUGGGUUGACCCCCCAAAAAAUUAGAAGGGUUUGUAUGGAGUUUUCUGAGUAUAACCGGCUAACAUCUCAGAGACAAUUUGCCCCGAAAUACUCAUUUUUGGUAAGUAGGCCUCUUGGACAUUUUUCUUUCAGAAUAUCCUGACAAAUCCCAUAAUUUCACAAAUUUCAUUUUCAUGAUGUCAUCACUUUAGUACUCUAUAGCUGAAAAAAACAUUCUUUGAUUAUAUAUUUGUUUCUCAAUUGAAAUCUGUUUUCUUAUGUAAUCUGAGAUUUCUUUCCUACUGUGUAUGUUUUAGGGUUGGGAUUUUCCAUUAAGCUCUUGUGGAUGGUUCUUCAACACUCUUCCGGCGAAGCACAACGAAAAAUGUAAAGAGUCUCUGUGUGAUUCUGUAGUGUCAAACUUUGACUAUGUGCUUACAGUUAUCUCAGCAACGGUAGGCUCAUUUUACAUCUUUUGUUUUAUUAUUUAUUAUUAUAUAGCUGAAAUUUUUCCCAAAGCGCAUUUAACCUCUGAGAUGUUUAAGUCACCUGUUAAUUGCCUCUGAACGGUAUAUAUAGGGUCGUAACUCGCCCGAUGUGUAUAUUUGUCGUUCUUUAAGCCUGACAAAAAGAAAUAAGCUUGGAAAGACAGUGACUGCACAUGUGGAAUCCAACGUUAACUGAACUAAAAUAACAUCUCGGAGAAGUUGGUUCACUAUGUUGUAGAGUGUUGUAUGGUAUCGGGUGAAGAUAUCAGUCCUAGCGAACCCCUCAGGGCGAAUCGACUUUCGGGCGAAAUGACCCCAAUUCGUCUGAACGAUGCAAGUUUUCAGACGAUAAAUGCGUCUCUUAUUUGGACGUUAGAACGACUUUAACGUCUCUAGUAUAAUAACUGCCAAUAAUAAACCUUUCUAAAGUAUCUAAUUUGAUGACAUGCGUUCAGUUUUUGGAUUCCCGAAUGUCACUAAGGUUACUACUUCAAACAUGGUUAAUUAUGUUGCUCUGGCAAUGCAAACAUAAACUAGCAGCUUUUGCCCGGCUUCCCCCCCAUCCAAAAAAAAAAGAAUACGCCUGCAUUGCUGGCAAAACACGUACCACUUGAUUACUUUGGGCACUUUCAGUUUGAAGCGUCACUCUUUGUGAGGUUGUGAGAUCACUACGCAUUCAACUUACUCCUACACACGACUGGAUAUAUAGUCUUGAAACGUUCUUACGGUGGACAAUAUACUUAACCCUCUAGGUCCCAAGAGUGACCAACAUCAAUUUUCUCCUAACAACAUCAGCAGAUCAUCAAGAGUAAAGGUUAUGAGAAUUACUAAAUUUAUUACCAAAGGGAGGAUGCUUUGAUGUUAAACCAAAUUCUCUCAACUAUUCUUAAAAGAAGAGUAUUGAGAUCAGUCUCGAGAAUUUGUAUGGAUCUUGGGGCUUAAAGGGCUUAAUCGACUCGGUUGAUAAACACGAAUUUUUUGUUCUAAACAAUAAAGAAAUGACUUGACGUUAUCGUAUUAAUGGGGUAGCCUUAUGAUGGAGUUCCACUGUAUUGUAGGCUAUCACUGUAAAAUCAGCGAUAUUUUGGGUAUUGUUAUAUUUCGUGACUGUAAUCAGUAUAACUGUGUUCUUCUAUGUAGUUAUCAGUGAAUUCUCCUCCUGGUGUUUGGAUCUGCAGUUCUCACAUGUUGCCGUCGAUUGCUCCAGACGCCCGUAAGUCUUACAAAUGGAGAGAUUAAUCACAACUCAGUCUUCCCGGCCAAACGUCUCAGAUUCUGUGAUCACGCCUUUUACACUACACUUAUACAUUCAAGAGAUCUUAUUUGGCAGGGGCUUAGCGUGAGAUUUUCAAGGUGUACGCGCGGGAAGAAAGGUUAGACCGUCGAAAGCACUCCAGAGUUUUCCACAGAACAUUUUCAUUGAUUAAGUAAGAAGGAAAAUGCAAUAGUUAGUUGUUUAUUUUGCCCACCGGCUCUAGUGUUACCGGUAUGGUACAGUUAGCUGACGGCAGUGUUUACGGACAAUUGGGGGAAAAGUCAAACGCCACCAAGAAGGUUAAGGGUGAGGUGUCUACCCUUCAGUUAGACGGGCAGGGACACCAAUAUAAUGCAAAAAAUUGAUCAGCCAUACCCGAUUUAGUGAUAAAAAUGCUUCCAGGAAGCAAAAAGAGAUUAUUUUUGUCAUAUUUUCCCUCUGCGUAUGUAUGCAUAUGUGCGUGUAUGGACGGUACGCUCAUUUAUUAUAUACAUACUGAGAAAUACUCACCAAAAAGCUAUGUCGUAAAUUUUCGUACGCAAAUGAGUUCUAGCCAAUCAGAGGAGCGAACGAUGGUUUUCACACGUGAAAAAAAAUGAUACGUCCAAUUAGAAUCGCGAACGAUGUUUUUUCACGUGUGAGAAAAAUGAUACGUCCAAUCAGAAGCCACAGAGGUGUGUGAUUUUCGCGCCAAAAUUCCCGCCUUUUAUUGCAGCUUGCAGCGCCGCUUCGCACACAUUCAACGAGAAAAGUUUUACUCAAAGAGUUUUUCUCACUAAAAAAGCGAAAAACAUUUCGGAAAUGGAGUGGAAUAGUUUCGUUUGUUUCACUGUCGAUAAAGAAAACGGUAGACAGCCGGCGAAACAACAGCGGAAAGGGAAAAACAGAACGAGACGUAAGCUUUUGUUGUGCUUUUUGUCGGAGCUACUUUGCCUUCAUUUAAGCUUAAGCUUAUAUUGAAACCGGCCAUUUUACUUAAAUUCACUCAUUUUCAAUUGUGCAUUGAGAACAAACAGUUAAGAUUACUUAUAGUUCUUGGAUUACCCCAUAUCCUUACCGUCAUUUAUGUUUUUAACAAACGUUUUUACCAAAAAGGUGAUACUUCGUUUUCGUUGUCAUUUUGCGGUAAGUGUGUAGCGGCAAAUUUUAGCAUUUUUGAAAGAUUUAAAAUAAAAAGGCCGCCAAAAUGAUGAAUGUCUCAGUAUGUAUAUAAUAAACACAAUACCACAUGGAAAGUGCUGGCGUACGGUAUUUACGCACUCGUUUUUUUUGUAUCAGAAAUCUUACUCGUUCGCUGCGCUCACUCGUUCGAUUUCUGAUACGUCAACAACUCGUGCGUAAAUACCGUACGCCAGCACUUUCCAUGAAGUAUUCUCUAUGUAUGGUAUGGUCAAAGGUCUCUUAAGCGACCACUGCCAUAUUAUAGCGGUCACAACUAGAGCUGGAUGUUGACGAGAAUGAUCUCUCGUAAGCGACCAAGCGAUGAUAAACUUAUCUAUCAGGGCUGUCAUUUACGAGAGCUCAGUUUUAGCAAAAGUUUCCGAUAUACAUACCGUGCAUUCUUUUUGGAUUUGCUUAGUUUUUACACUAGUAAGCACCAACUGUGACAAAAAAGUGUUUUUAUUUUUUCUUUAUUUUUUCAAGGAAUUGACUGGGAGAAGUUUUCUAAUGGUAUCACCGUGAUUCUCUCACCUGGGGACGUUCAUUAUGCAAAAGAUCAUGGUGUAGCCAAACUUGGAAAAGAUGUGAGGGUUUUUAGCAUAAUUAACCAUAACUUAAAAAUAGCUCUCUCAAGAGAGCACAAGUUUACAGUUUUGUUAUGUCUGUUGUGCAGUUGCGAUUUGAUCAACUAGCUAUGUCAUAUGAGCAUGAGACUUAACCUGUUUUGUCGAAGAAAAUAAUGUGUGAUUUCUUGCCUGGAAGAAAAAAUUUUCGACCGCACAAGGUGACGCUUAUUUAUCUGACGAAUUAAGUUACAAUUCACCAUCAUGUCAUAGCUAGCGUCGAAGAUAAAAUGAAGCGUGACUUUUUGCAUCAAGAAAAUUAAUAUUAUUGACGCAACAGGUCACGCUUUAUCCUCAUGUUACAGUGUAUAUAGCACGCCGAUGAACACAAUUGCCCCUUUUUUGCAAAAUUUAUCUUACAUAGAAAAAAAAACAAAUUGAUAAAAUGACAAGCAACGACUAGACCGUAGCAGACUCUUCUUGUUUGCGAACUGAAUGACACAGUACUUUGAAUCUGGCCUUCAGAAUUAUCGCUUUUCUUACGGUCACGACAUGACUGCAUAGUGUUACACGGAAACUGUAAACAUAGAAACUAAAAAAUAAUUAAUCAGUCAGGUGGAUGCACGAAUAAGCCUUUCCAGCAUCCCGCACCAGAAAGCACACGCAGUGAAACAAGAUGGUGACUUGGGUGGAACUGGAAACGUAUAACCGUUUUUGUCAGCUUCAUUGCCGGAUCCAGACCUGAGAUAACCGGGGGGGGGGGCGGUCUCCAAAACAAAAAUUUUUCGGCCCUUUGGGCCUCAGUCUGGACUAGACGUAAGGGGAGGGCGGGCCCCCCGGGCCCCUUUCCUGGAUCCGCCACUGAGCUCAGGCUCGAGUCGGUGUCUGUGAUCACAGAACACACUACUCUUCCCUCUGUUGUGGAAAUACCCUGCCAGCACAGUCUUCCUUUCGCUUGCUCGAAUUUGCUGUUCUCGAGAAAGACUGCUUGAAUCUAGUAAAAUCUUUGUUGAGCAUGCUUUUCAUGUUGCUAGGAUAUAGUUUCGAACCCAGGCCUAAUAGUCGUGCGCUUGGUACAGCUGGCUCGGUUAUGACCAUCGGUUUGUUCAAUAAACAGGCGCACUCGAAAAGCCAGUUUGACGAGAAAAAACAAGAUCGACUUUUCUCUUCCCUACUCAAGAAGAACACAGAAAGGGACUCUGCUCGCAUGGUGUCGUGGGAAGGGUUUCUCAACAAACGGGCGGAUGUGUUUCGCUCCGGUAACUCAUCCUGUGUUUUUACUAACAUUCACUUUAAGGGCAAAGUAAAGGACAUUAUCUUCCGAGAAAGUGAGGAGAAAAUCAGAAGUUUCGCCCUUGAGAAUGGCAAGGUGCCGUUGGUAAGUUGGAAAUCCUGUCUAACUGGUAAUCAGUAGGAAGGUUGUAGAGAUUCGUUUAAUUGCGCGGUUUUCCGUCAUCAAAUUCCCAUCAGGAAUGUUGAUUCCCAGCCAUGUGACAAGGCGGCCGUGUCACAGUCGAUUGGCGAAAAAAUACAAUUUUUUUCGCAGAAUUUGCUUGAAAAAGAGUUAAGUUCCUAGCGGAGGGUAGUCUGCUACACAGGCGUUCUUUGCGUCGUAAUGCACGAGGAGGAGCUUUGCGUGACGGCUUUGUAGCAGACUAAGCGGCUUUUGUUCUUGUCAACCAACAUGGCAGCCGUGAUUUCAGCUGUAAAUCAGCAGUUCUCUAAUUUAGGCCCCGUUGUAGUCUGCGAAAACAGACGUUUCUCCUCGCUCAUCGUCGCUGGGAGACGUUUCGCCAUUAGGAACGUGUGCGACUCAGCGACAAAACUUCCAUACUGGUGACGUAAAAUCCGUCCGGAAUCCGGUUAUAACCGCUGAUUGGACGACAGAGUAGUUACGUUGUUUUAGCUAUUGUUUAUGAAUAACAGACAAAAGGUUACAAAGGUCAUUCAAAUGUAAACGGGAUGAAUCUAUAACAAAACAGUCAAUAUUUGUGGAAUAUAUUCUUCUCUAUAGAAGAAGCAUUUGAGUUUUUCUAGAGCUCGUUCCCGGAUGAACACAACACUUUUCCGAAAAUCGACCAGGAGAAACGUAAAAUUGAACAAAUUUGCAUUUGGAACCCCACGACUACCGAUUUAUUACGUAAACAUUGAUUUACGUCAUCAGUAUGGAAUUUCUGUCCCUGAGUUGCAGACGUUCCUCUACGCGGAACGUGCCCAGGGGCGAGGAGCGUGGAGAAACGGCUGUUCUCGUAGGCUAAAGAAGGUGCAGUAAAAACAAACUGUUUUCCUCGGGACCUGACAUUUAAUGUAACAGGUUAUUUACUAGUUAGCAAGUAAAGAUAUCUUGACUGUGCUCUGUUCUGUUGUAAAACACGCAGGGAGCGGCUAGAGCACCAAAGAAGUAUUGGGGGGGAAACACGAGACGUAGUCUAGUAUUUCUCCCUUCUUGAGUGCUCCAGGCGCUUCCUAAGUGCUUUACAACAGAACAGAGCACAGUCAAGGCUUCAUUAUUUGUUUUAUGAUAAAGAAUCCGUUAAAUUCCCCACGCAUUACUUCCAAAUGUUCAAAACAAACUAUAGGUAAAUGGCUGACAGCUCUAGCUCCGUGUUUUAUACUCUCAUAAAGCAGGCUUUUUCAACCAAGCAGAGUGCGUGUUUAUCUGAACUUUAUCAUAAAAACGUUAAUUUUGAUUGGCAGGUUAGCGGAACUGUGUUCAUGGACAUCAAAUCUGCCUGCAAGGUUUUGAGUCUUCAUGUAUUCCAUCCCUUAGAUGCUUGUACUUAUUUUGGGCUAGACAAUGGAGCUGAUCCUAUUCAGGUAUAACUGACAUAUAUAUCUAAUUUUUGUGGUGUUGGUACAGCUAUACAUUUUCAUAAGGACCUCGACAUUCGUGAUGGCCUUGUCGAAUAUUUCAAAGAGAAGAGAAAAGGGCAACUAAUGCAGCGAUGAUGUCGAGAACGUCAUAAAAAAGCAAGAGUUUGAGCGGAGCAAAAAAAAGAACUUUGCGCGCGCAUUCAGUACACUUUAUUCCUUUUCCGACCACUACAUAGCCUCGAGUUGAAAUUUUCUUAUAAGGGAGUGUGUAAACAUACGAGUUGAUAGCAAAUUUUUCUUUUCCUCUCUCUAGUGAAUCUGCCUAUGUUUUUUUUAAAGCAAAUUAAGUGAUUUGUAAUAUUCUCCAUGCAUAUAGCCUUGGUCUUCGGCCGUGAAUCUCUCCGGUCGUAGGUCAGUGGAAAAAAGCGCCACGCGUUGUUGGGAGUAGUACAGUAGCUCUUUUAGACCUCUAUUUUCAUUGGGCUAAAUAAGCAGUAGCUUCUUUUGUUUUUAGGACUAGGGGUAUUGUUUGUGUUGAAUCAUCUACAGUUUCGUUCUCCAAUCACAGACCAUUCUAGCACCAAAAAGAUCUAAAAGGCGCAGCAACUUUUCACUGGGUUUACACGCAGAAAUUUUGGUCUUUGUGGUUAGCAGUAGAGAAGGAAUCAAAAUAUCAACGAUUACUCACUGAAUGAAGCGCUGCAAUUUUCGCUGGUUUGUCCCUUCCUAGUACUAUGAUCUUCCUAGCGAAAGUAGUUUACAUGGUACUAGGAUCUUCCAACCUCUCAGCUUGGAAGAUCCCAGCACUAGGGACAAGUACAACUUUGUGCAUGUAAACUGAGUCCAGAAACCAUAUGACGCUAGGAUGAUCCCCCCUCUAGGAUCUUCCUGGUGCUAAGCUGGAUCAAUUGAGGUUUCUGGGUAACUGACCACCUACCCCUCCCCUAAGUCACGAUUUUGCCUUAAGUGAGAAGGUUAAUGCUGACUUAGGGGAGGGGUGGGUAGGGUACCCGGAAACCUAAACCACGAGUAGUACCCAUUUUCCCUCAGGGAUAGUAUAGCGAGCAAAACGCGAGUGCGCGUGAAAAUUACCCCAUGCGAGAAAAGGCGACACGCGGCGGGGAGAGAAAACAGAGCAGACAGCCCCUUAAGCCAGCUAACUGUUGGACGUUUCUCCUUUUUUUUUUGCUAUGCAGUUGUCCAUGAUAUUUGAUAUCCUUCUUUGUCUGGCCGAGGAUGUGACAGAGUCAGCGUUUGUUGAGGGUGAAAGAAGCGGUUCAUAUGGUCGCUACAUGCCUGUAACGAUGAAGUCCUCAGAACACCCCAAGAGGACGCUCAUGCGCAAUGCAAGAGCGAUGCUUUGGCAGCGACUAAGGGGCUUGGAGCUGAAAGGAGGUUAAUUAACAAUUUUUUUUUUUUUUUUUGGGGGGGGGGGGGGUUCGCAUAAUGUGAAGAAUUCCCGGAGGGGUACUCGUGGGAAUUCUUGGUGGGGGUGUGCAGCUGGUUUUCCAAAUCCUUACCCUAUUCCAGACCAAAAAAUGUCAUUUAGAUUUGGCCUUUAGAUAGAAAUUAUGUCAUGCUGUAAUUACUUGUAUAAGAGCGCAAGCAAACAUUUCGUCAAAUGCAUUUCGAAUUCGCAUAUUUCUAUUUUUCUUAUUAAUUUGGAAUUGAAACGAUAAAAAAUAUGUUCAUACGCUCCCGUAGUUCCUUCGAAAACCAUUCCCGAUUCCAGACCAAAAUGGGUAAUGUGUAUACCCGUUUUCAGACCAAAAAGGCCCAAAAACCAUACCCUUUGGGACGGCACAUUCUUACAUGGCUUAUAUAAGGGAUUACCCCCCGGGGGGGGAGAAUUCUGCAGAUCUCGGAGAAUGUUGUCGGCUGAGGUGGAUAACAGCCUCCGAGGUCUGCAAAGUUCUUCACCAUCUUGCUUCCAAAACUAAACUUGAUAAUAUACACUGUUAUCACUAGUUCUACACUUAGCAAUGCUUAUACUCAAAUGUAAAGAAUUCUUUCAACAGUCCUUCUUGAGAACGGUACGUUUGAUUACUCGAAGCCAUCUGCAGAGUGUUAUAGGAGACAAAUGCUUAACAGCAUUGAAUUUCUAAGCCAGAGUGGAGUCAAGUUCGAUUUCAACAAUCAUACGCACGUAUCGAUCGGUAAGGUGAGUACGUUACAACCGACUUUCUUUUCCGAGAUCUCGGAUGUUUUUAAAGAUCUUUGAAAAAUAACGUCGAGUUUAUUUUUCUAAAACAGCAGUCGUUGUUAAAGGUUAUGUUACACGGGACGAAUCGCAACAACGAUUUUUAGCGCAACACAGCGUUGCAAUAUUGUCGCGACAUUGUUUUGAAUGGUUCCAACAUUGUUCCAACAUUGCAAUGCUGUGUUGCGCCAAAUGUCGUCGUUGCAUAUCGUCCUCUGUAACAUCACCUUCAAGACCUUUAGAUUCGAGGACGAGGACGAUUUGAGUUAAAUUUUUUUUCGCAUCUUCUCAGAAAACAGACAUGCCUGAAAGCUUCAUUUCACUUUUUUCCCUUGAGAAAUUAACACGGUCAUUUUUAGCGAAGGAGGUUAAACCCUUUCCCGAUCGAAAAAUGAUAAAGCUUCUAACGUUUGGAUUUGAUAACUUUUUUCCGUCACUAAGACGUUAGAGACCUGUAGAUUAGAGGACGAGCUAGGCCGACUACGAGUACGAGAUUUGACUUAAAGUUUUUUCGCGUAUUCUCAAAAUAUAGACCCCCAGGAAAACUUCAUUUUACCAUUUUUCACUACAAUAGUUAGCAGCGUUACCUUUAGUGAAGGAGGUUACGACUUCUAAUUCCGCCACUUUGACAUUCUCGCUAAAACUCGUAGUAUAAUGACAACUGCUACCACUUUUUCCCGCCAAAACGGCGUUGGUUCACGCACGAACACAACUUACUACUGAGAAAAUCUCGUACUCGUAUAGUCGUACUCUUCUUAUUCUUAAGAAUCUCAAGGUCUAUUUUUUCGCUAAAAACGCAUAGUAGAGUGACGGCGCCUACAAUGUUUUCCCGCCAAAAUGACGCUGGUUCACGUGCGUGCACUUCUUAGUGUUGAGAAAAUCUAGUUCUCGUCUUCGUUCUCGUCUUAAGGUGAUUUUACACGGGACGAUUCGCAACGACGCUGAAAAGCCCUUUUUAGGGAUGCUUAAUAAAGUGUAUGUAUGUAUGUCCUCCAUAAAACUUGCAAUUAGGCAUUUUCACGUCGUAGUCUUGCGAGGACGGUAAAGAAAUGUACAAAAAAGCGUGAUCCCCUUGCAAAGUUAUUGUUUUGCGCAAUAAACCUAUUGCUUUUUUGACGUCCUCGUUGCCGUCGCCGUCGUCGUUGCUAAAGCUCCCCGUGGUCGGUCAACGAAAGAAACUCUGGAAAGUGUCUUUAGCAAAAUCUUGCGAAAAUUUCUUCCGUUUUGCAACUUUGCCGAGCUAACGAGUUUUCUUUCAAGAUUCUUAUUAGCAGUUGCUAUUUUGUUGUUUCAGAAUUGUACUCCCAUUCCAGAAUCCUCUGUUGUGAUAAAUUCGAUCGUGGAGGAUGGCAUCAAGAUUGGGGAGAAUUCAGUGAUCUCUAACUGCCAUUUGAAGGUGUAAUACUUGUUCAUCGUAGUCGUAACGUUAUUUUUUAGCUGUUUAACAAAUCGACAACAAUUUUCCAUGGUCCGUACUAGUUUUGAAAAUUUCGACGCCAUUACUUCCGCGAGUUACAAUUCCCCCCCACUUAAAAGUCCCCCUAUUUAUAGGCCCAACUACCUGAAAACAAAAAAAAUACAUCCGGUUAUAACCGCCCCCCCCCUCCCGAAUAUAAGCCCCCCCUAGCUUACUUACAUUAAAAUGAAUUCAACUUUUUACGACGUUUUGAAGCGCAAAAAAGCCGAUCAAAUUCAAAAAGUAUUUUGAUCAGCACUGCUAUGUAGCUUGUUUUGAGACACUUCUGCGGUCCGAUUAUAAGCCCCCACCCUCACGAAUAUAAGCUCCUCUUUUUAUUAGCCCUCCUAAAACCCCUUACGAAGUUGUAUAAUCCCAAGGCUUAUAAUAUAGCUUAUAUAAUUUGUGCUCCCUGAUGAAAUUCGUCUUUAUGCUUUAUUUGGAGUCUUAUACAGUCCUAUGUACAUCGACUUUAUCCAGUAAAAUAUAAAAUCAUAACACAAAUUCCACACUAGUGGAACUAUAAUCAAUGUUAACCUAAACAACUAAUGAUCUUCUUUUCUCAUAGCAGUCGAAUACGUAUUUUGCAAUUAACUUUUGUACAUCUCCCAUAAUGCACCUUGUUCAGUUUCCCCCCAAAAUGUUGCAUAAGGUUUUUUUUUUUUUUGGUGGGGAGGUGGUUGGGGACAAAUAAGGUGUAUUAUGGGAGAUGUUCAAGUGACGUAGGGGUGAAGGCACUACGUUUUUGACUUCAGCACAGAAUUGACCUAAAACAGCGAUAUACUCUUGGCAUAGCCCCUUUAAACACGAGGUCAAUUAUUUAAUUAGCAACGAUUUGGUUAAUGCGAUUUAACACUGAAUGUUUUAAAUAUUCCAGGGGGAUUUGUCCUUUGGAUCAGGGUCCAUCUUAAUCGGUAUUUCAUCUAAAGCUAUGAAGGUGAGAUAGUGUCGUCAGUCGAAUUCUGAUUCCAUGCUUUGAGCAGUGUGCGUGGUUCUUUUUUGUGAUUUUUCCUCUUUGUGAUUUUUCGUAGGAUGUUCCGUCGGGAGUAACUUUUCCUAACGAUUUGUGCGCCAUUCACUUCAAUGUUGACCUUGGUGAUAGACCACAAAGAGUUUUGGUUGUUUUGGGCGCUCUUGAUGAUCUGCAGGUGAGGCUGCUUUUCAGUACCACUAGCGUGUAGCAGCUUUAGCCUCCCUCGUAGACGUUCUUAAAGGUCUGUCACGAGUCCCCCUCCCCCACGUUGGGAAGAAUUGACCAGAACGUCUGCGUGGAAGGGUAUAACCUCUUAGGGUAUCAUCCCACCUUCGGUACACUCCUCGCGCGGAUCGUGCUAGCGGUUGUAGCCUUAAUAAUUACCCCUACAAACCGCACAUUUUCUAAAAGCUUAAUGGCUGAAGAUUACGGCUAAUUUCUUUAAACAAUCCAAAAUGCUAACGCGUUUCAGAAUUGACGAGCUUUUUGCAAAGGAUACAUGUUUCUGUAAAUUUAAGUCCAGGUCAGCCAAAAACAAACGGAAGAAAUCGAUUAAGAUCGCGUUCGCUUCAUGACACGUCUGACUAGAAAGCCGUGACUCAGAUUUUUGACGUGUGCGUUUGUUCUUUUGUGAUAACUGAGUAGAUGAAGUAAGUGAUAACAAAUCAUUAGAAUUACCUGUGGAAAAAAUGCUAUUACUCAAAAACGAAAAAAAGAAAUCAAAAUUCGCACAAUUGUUUUUAGAAUAACUAUCUGGCAGUCAGUUGGUCAAAUUUCAGCCAAUUUGGUUCACGGGUUGCCGACUUGUAGUUUUAAGAUGAACGCUCAACUUGGUCCGAUUUUCAUUUUGAGAAAACAGACAGUGAAAAUGAUGUAUUGUCUUUCUCGUCAUGCAGACGCCAUUUUCAUCAGAAAACAGCACGUAUUGCAACAAACCAUGGCAGACGUUUUUUGAUGGAACAGGGAUCAGCCCUAAUGAACUCUGGUUUGGAGUGGUAAGUGCUGUAUACAUCUCACUGCGUAUUGCACAUUUGAGAUUGAGCGGAAGACUGGGUCUGUGUUGUUUCGAACUGCGUUAUGGGUCCAAAUGUUUCCGCCAAACAGUCCCACAAUGUAAUUGGAGACGAUGCUGACCCUGUCUUUUCCCAGUUGGAGGUUUUUCUUGCCUAGACGCAGUCAACCUUUGUUCGUUAGGCUUCUGAGGGGUUUCUCUCUUAGGCAGUGUUCACACUUGGUGCCCGGACACGGUGCCCAAGUACGGUACGGUGAACACAACAUCAUUUUGUGCCGAUACUCAGGCACUUGUUCCGGGACACCAAGUGUGGACAGCCCCUUAUCUAGGCUAUAUUGUUAUGCAACAACAACCAACGGCAAAAAGAGUUUGUUUUGUAUCAUCUAUUAACAAAUUCCAUAAUUUGCUAUCCGCCUAAUGGAAUGUUUUAUUUUUUACCCCUUUUGGCUUGAAACAGGGUAGGGGAAUUACCAUCCUCGGAGACCCAGGGGCAGAUAGUGGGGGCGAGAGAAAGUCUAAACGGGCGGGAAAAUAUGGCACGAAGAAAAGUAGGGAACGGCGAGAAGAGCCCCUGGGGACAAUGUCUUACCAGACCAGUUCCAAACUGUCGCGGUGGUUCUGGCUUCUGAUUGGUGCCAGAAAACUUUUGUGUUUUUCUGCCCAAUCAGAAGGCAGAACGGCGGCGACCGUUUGGAACUGGUCUGGUAAGACAUUGUCCCCAGGGGCUCUUCUCGCCGUUCUUUACUUUUCUUCGUGCCAUAUUUUCCCGCCCGUUUAGACUUUCUCUCGCCCCCACUAUCUGCCCCUGGGUCUCCGAGGAUGGGGAAUUACAUAUUUUGAUCUGAAGUAGGGCGAGCUCUUCAGAAAGCACGUCACCCAUCCUCACCUAAAUUUUCUAGCCUUUAAAAGCAUGAGGAGGCUUGGAAUGGUGGAUAGAAAGGUCGAGGGAAAAGCGAGGAUGCCUCUAGCUCCUUACCCGUGCGUUAAACUCUCGCGGGGUUAUAUUGACGCAAACAUAUUUAUAGGCGUGAGAACCUGACUCGUGAGAACCAUGAAUUCCAGCGCUCUAACCGCUCGGCCACGAUGCUUUUAAACCAAUUAGAUUACUUAAUUUUGUGAGGUAUAAAAAGGUGAUUUUAUAUUUCUGUUGUAGCCUGAACAGGAAAGAAGUCUUAUUAAUGCCAAGCUCUUCCCCACGAUCCAUUGUUCUGUAUCACCGAACGAGAAAACAGACGAGAUUUUGUGGUUGUCGAUGAUCGCAAGCGGCUUUUCAAAGCGGUUAUUUUCUCAAACCAUGGACGUUAACGAGAAUGUUUUCAGCUCGUCGCCUACAAAACGUCAACGUUUCGUUUAUUCUCAUGGGCGAGGACUUGCGGAUCUACUUCAAAAGUAAGGAACGUCUGUGUGUGCUUGGGUGUGUGCGUGUAACGGCCUGUACAGUAUAUUAUAAAAUAGGGACGGAACUUAGGCAACGACGAUGGCACGGGAGCAAAAAGCUCACUUAAAAUAAAAAAGCAAUCGCGUUGUUUCAAACUUUAUCGAUCUUAUUCCAUUUCGUUCAAUUUGUCAGUGUUCGCGAAUUUUUGUGGAGUUGAGUUCUAAAAGUUUGUUUCUAAAUUUAGACAAAGGAAAUCGUUGUCUUGUGUUGACGUUCUCCAUGAAAUGUGAAAUUAGGAACUUUCACGUCGUUUUUUGCAACGACUGCAAAGAAAUGUACCAAAAAAUAAAGCUUGAUGGACAAUUGUUUUGCUAUUCUAAACUUAUUGCUUUUUUCCGUUCUCGUUGCCGUCGCCGUCGUCGUUGCCUAAGCUCCCUGUUAAAUUCAAUAACUAAGAUAGUACGUGCGCCCUGAUUGGCCAAGAAUUAAGUAAGUUGGAUGAGAGUAAGUUGGUUUCACCAUGUUUUGCUGUGCACGUGCUUAACACCAUGAUCAUCGAGUGAUUAUGAAAAAAGGUUGAUUUAAGAACACAACAUAACAUAAAGAAAAUUUAUUUUUGAAAGAAAUAAAUGGUUUUAUGCUUAAUGUGACUGAUUAAUUUAAGUUUCUAUAACAUAAACAACUUAUAGGUAAAGUUUGAGAAAAAUCUCGGUGCAGGUUCUGUUUCAGAGGAAUGACCCUACCCAUCCAACACACACACUUGGGUGAAUCAUUCUGUUAAUUCCUACAACUUUUUUUCUUCUUAAUCUAUUGAUAUUGUUUCGAGAAAAUUGAUGUUGGUCAAUCUUGCUGACUUAAAGGAGUUAAUGUCGAUGAUCCGUUUUUUCAGGUGGCGAUCGUCCAUCAGGCUGUCCUUGCAGGACAUUCUGUCCUUGCUGGAUUUGAAUGCAGAGUUUGAUUGGAAAAGAAGGUUGUGGUUUGAAAUUGGGAAAGCACAAGCUGAGACCACACUGAGAGACUGCAAGAAUGAUUGUCUCUUGCCAUUCUUCAGAAGUUGUGUUCAAGAAGGAUUCGCAAAAGACAUCUUGAAAGUUUUAGAUCAAGGUAAACGUUCAUUGCAGACCCGCGGCAGUCCGCGGAACUACCUGCUUAGGCUAGAGAUAAGGGGCCGUGGUCUUCUGGAAUUGUUUAGGGGAACGAGAAAACAAACAUGAGAAGAUUAGACCAGACCCAAAAGAGUUUCUGAAAUUAUUGGCCAAUCCGCACUAGCAGAAAAAUUUGGAAUUCUCUUUCUCAAACUCAUUAAUAAUUCAUAUAGAUAAUACAAAGGAAAUUAUUGUUUAAUGAGUGUUUUGAAAUCAGAUGAAAAACUGCUGGUACAAUUAGGCAUUCCGGGGUGUCUAGCUUUUGAGAAUAUACGCGAAAAAUCAAAUCUUGUACUCGUAGUCGGCUUGUCCUCGAAUCUAAAGGUCUUAGUCUAAUGUCUCAUUGCCUUAAAAGAGGAUCUUUAUCCUCAAGGUUCACUGAUGAACUGUUUCUUUUUCUCAGUUGCAUGCAGUACAAGUUCUCCAGGCGUGGCCGCUCGGACUUUGGCGUGUAUUGCUGACGUAUUAGGUGCUAUGGCAGGAGAGAGAGCUGGGCUGAGAAGUGGUCCGGCCCGCAAUGAAUCCUGGAUGGAUGCCUUUCAGUGUCUGGAGGUAAACGAAAGCAACUAAUCUAAAUACACAGACUUAAAAAACUGGAAACUUUUUCCUUAAUGAUACAGUGGAACCUCGAUAUAGCGAACCACUAUAUAACGAAGUUCUCGAUAUAAGGAACUAUUUUCUUUACCCCAGUAACAGUAAAAUAUAUGGAAAAGACCCUCGAUAUAACGAAACCUCGUUAUAGCGAACAAAUUUUGCCAGUCCCCUUGCCCGUCGUUAUACCGAGGUUCCUCUAUAAUAUAGAUUCAAAAUUUGACCUGUUAUUGAAUAAAUCUUAUUAAUAUACUAGUAAUCGAAGGUUACGGAGUGUGGGCGACAACGAUCGAAGGUCAAAAUACUUUUGCUCCAGCGCUUUGCUGUGGGUGCAUAUCACGUGAUAGAUGGUCAAAACACACGUUAUCAUGAGUGAUAGAAGGUCCAAACGCUCGUGAUCAGAUUGUAUUCUGUGCAUUCGAUUCAUUCCUAGUGGAAGUCCAAGCGAAGCUACAUUCGUGCCGUGCAUGCGUAAUAGCAAUCUGGAGAUUAGGAUUGCGGGCUCCUCUUUUGGCUGGCAAUUAAAUAGCUCACGCGAUUCCACGCGAUACAUUUUUUCGACUUUGAAAGCUGAUGUCUUCUGUUUGUUUUUUUGUUUGUUUGUUUGUUUUUUCAAUUUAGAAAGGAGACAUCCCAGCUGGAGUGAAUGCACUCGCAGAAGAGAGAAAUAAGUGGCUUGAAAGGUAAAUCAUUAUGACCAUUAGCGUUCGUUAGUUAGCGUUUUUAACGUGGGCCAGUUAUUCAGUACAGGAGGUCUUCACUUAGGCCGCGUCUAAGUACAAACAUUGACUCUUCGUUUAUCCGUUUUUGAGUGAGUUAUACAGCGUGCAAAGAAAAUCAUUUUUAAAGCUUGCCCUUCGGGCAAGCUGAAGCUAGCUCUUACUAGCCCAGACAUCAUUUCAGCUAGCCCCAAAAGCUUUUUGACGAGCAGAAUUGAUUUUACAGUUCUUCUGUUAUGCGAAUUCCUUCAAAAAACAUCACUUGCCCGUCGGGCAAGUUAAAAACAGAAUUAACUAGCCCGAUAACAAAAUCCACUAGCCCCGGGCUGUCGGACACUACUUUCUUUGCACGCUGGUUAUAUAUUCUUAUUAUCUGUGGUAUAUGCGCCCUUAACAAUAAUAAUACAUAGUGUUUGAUGUCUAAGGAAUGAUCUGCCCCAAAGUGAUAGAAACUUAGAACGCUGUUUUGUUAAACACCUACCUGUGUAGUUGCAGUAUUCUUUUCAUUUCUGUCGUCAAGUGGAUAAAAAUUACAAUUAAAUAAUAAGUUUCGCACGGAUGGAGUCCGCUUGCCGAGGGAAACUAGAGUGUUUGAUAUAGGAGCUGUUGAUUAUAAAAGAUAAAAGACCUACGCUAAAUACGCAAGCGGACUCCUGCCAUGCGAAAAAUUUUAUUUAAUUGUAGUUUGUCCAUUUUCACGUUUAAAUUAAAUGCACUUUUCGCACUUCUUUUUUCUAUAAAUAUUACCACGAGUCCUGUUAAUUUCUUAUCUUUUGAUAGUGAUGACAUGAAGCUAUCGAAACGUCGUUUCUUUUAUAUCGUUAAUUUUGUUUUAAAAUGUGUGUCUAAAUCGAUCCUCAUUACAAAAUUUUACGGGAACAAAAUACAUUAAAGUGUUGUAGAUCAGGCAAAAAAACUACCCAGAACAGCAAAAACUAAACGAGCUGAGUUGCAUUCUAUAAGGUUGUGACACACGAAAGAUAAAGAGAAAAAUGAAUUAAAUUUAGGAGAAUAAAAAUAAAUAAAUAAAUAAAAAUUAAAUAGAACAAAACAAAACAGAACGGUACCAGAUAGCUAUGAAGUUUACAUUAAAUGGGAUAAAUCAAACAAAUUGCUAUCCAGCAUUAAAGUAAUGAAGAGGAUAAAUAAUUUCCUUCAUCGUUUCCUUAAAUAAAUGCAAAGAAGGACUUUUUAAAUUUGCAUCCAGGUUAUUCCAAACAGAAGGACCAGGGGAGCGUAUAUUAAAUUUCCCACAAUUAGGCCUAACCUUGUCAAAAUAAUAAGUUGACUUUGAUGCUAGCCUAGUAUUAUAGCUAUGCAUAGAUGUUAUACGUGAAAAGAAGUUGUCUUAAGCCUCGGGUAGUAAAAUUAUGAUGAAACUGAAGCGUAAAAAGGGCAGUCAAAAUGAAUAGUCAUUAGACCCGAGAGUUUGAUUAAACCUAGCUGUGAAAAAAAGGGGGCUGGAGUGAACAUCUCGAUUAGAAUAUAUAAUUAUUUCUACUCUAAUGUGAGACCUUUGCUUUACAUUGAUAUAAUUGAUUAUUAUUUUUGAAUAGACCCGAUCUUCUGAUCCGAGCAGCUCGCCAUUACGAAGGAGCGGAACAAAUUUUAAGACGAAAAGCGGUUUUUACUUCAAGACAGGUCUGUUACAUGGCUGACAGUCUACAACAUAUCCUGCUCCUAUAUAUAAUUAAAUGGCUUAGUGUACACAUUAAAAGAAAAUGCAAUGAAAAAAGGUAGUUUUAUACAAAAGACUGAAAGACACUGAUCGAUACCCAAACCGCAAAACAAUAGCUAACCAACAACAGUUUCUGCAACACCAAGAAUCAAACAUCCCCCAAAAGUGUGAAAGUAUUUAAAACUACAAUUGGUCGGUGAAGUCCACACCUUGCUUUAAGCAUUAGGCUGAUUUAGCAUCAGAACGGGAACGUCAGAUGACGACGACGCGCCCAAAUCAAACAACUGGCUCGACCAACGGCAGAGCGGCAAAUUGGGCACCGGAAGUCGCGUUUAGUCUUUUCCGUGCGCUUUCCCGUCGUCAACUGACGUUCCCGUUCUGUUGCUAAAUCAGCUUAUUAAGACACGAUGGAGGCAUGCGCGAUUAAUGCCUGGAAACAUAAAAAUGAGAAAUAAAAUUGUUUCCAUUAAAACAAGCAAAGCCUGGCCUUGAAGAAUUUUAAAUGGAAGCGUAAUUAUAACCAGUUCUGAGAAUAGUUUUAUCAAAUUUAGCCCCAUUCGGAAUAAGAACUGUUAAUUUUCUUAGUCCUCCUCACUUAAAUUAUUCUUUCAUACAGUUUUUCCAAAGCGAGGAAUGUGAACCUGUCCCCAAAGGACACUGGGUAAUAGCCGAGGCACCUGGUAAGUACUCAUUCCUGAAAGCAUUGUUUCCUUUCAAAGGCUUUAGAUUAGCAAACUAACGUUAGAACCACUAUAACCAUGGGAUAACAUAGACAUAUUAAAUUCUGCAAGCAGAAUACUGUAAUGCUGAUCGUACUACGUAUACGUGAAAAUUAACUCUGCAAGACGUCAACACGACACCGAAAGAACUCAAAACAGAGCGGGAUUGUAGCCAUAGACAGUUGUUCCGCCCUCUUUGGGGCUCGUCAGUAUGGUGUAACAACCAGAAAAAGCUCUGAUGAAAAAUAUCCGCGCACUCUGAUUUAAGCCCUAACCUAGAACCCUCAACACCCACAGAAUCACGCCAUGCCACGUGUCUUCUAUGGUAUAACAUACAGAUUUAGUCGAGGCCAAAAGCAAAGCUCUUGUGAGAGCCCUUAAGAAAUGUAUUUCUGAAGUAAACGUUUGGGAGCCUACGAUCAGUUGAAUACCAUAACUGUACAGCAGAGAUCUUAAGGUGGCUCGACUGGAUUUUUUUAGGGCGAUACCUCCCAAGUUUGAGCCUUAACUACGUCGGCAUGAGUAAAGAUAUCGAAAAAAGGUUACCCAACUGUAUUACAUAAAGAUGAAAAUUUCUUAUGAUCUGGGUUUUAUUGCAAUCGGAGUCGCCAUGGCAACGUAAUGACGCCAUUACGUUUUUCAUUUACCCUUGUGUUUCUCUGUACCAGGAGUUUUUUGAAGAAAUCGCUUAAGGGAGUAUGUACCUGCCAUAAUUGCCUCCAUUAUGGCAAAGUUUAAAGAAAUUCUAUGAGAGCGUUUUCGAAAUAUUUUCAAAUAUACUUUUAAGAAUCAUAAAAACAGUGAAAUAGCAUGCUAGCCGCUCAAUUCGCUAAUAUAUUAAGAAAAUGAUAAGCUUUGGGAACGCGGCUUCAUCUCAUAGUGGAUUGAUUCCAUUGAAAACUGCAUACAAAAAAAGAGGGGAAUUGCUCUGGGCGAUCGCGAGUAAGAAGGAUUUUAUUAACUUGCAUUCAGCUGCUUUUGAUACAGUCAUUGGAGGUAAUUUGGUCCAUGCCUAAAAAUUUCGCAUUUUUCCAAAAACCGCUCGAUAAAUUUUUUUAUAAAUUCGACAAUUCCGAGAUCAAUCGUCAAGAAAUAUUCCCUGCAAGUUUUAAGAACAUUGAAAACAGGGAAGGCUUUUAAAUAGGGCCUCAAAUAUAACCAAUUUCCCCCCAGAUUUUGUGUUUACAAGUGAGCGUCCUCAUUAUUCACUGGCAUUGUUUUCAAGUUUCAUAUGCACGUGCACAACUAGCAAAAAAUAUAAAUUUGCAUCAAAAAGAACUCUCGAUUACUUUCCGAAGAAAUAUCCGGUAUAUGCUGAUAAUUGGCUUGUCGUCACAGAUAGCAGUGAGAGCCGAAAUGGUGAACGUCUCGGCUCAUCGUGUAGAAUCCAAUACUUAAUUAUCUUACUCGGGUUAUAACAUCACAGAAACUCUCACAAAGAGUUGCUCUGAUGUUAUAAUGUAUCACUAACCUCUUUACCCGGUAAUUAGCAUAUCCCGAAGAUUUAACCGAGGGUCCUUUUUGAUGCAAAUUCUCUCUUUUUGCUAAAUGUGCACGUGCAUAUGAAACUUGAAAACAAUGCCAGUGAAUAAUGAGGACGCUCACUUGUAAACACAAAAUCUGGGGGGAAAAUUGGUUAUGUUUGAGUCCCUAUUUAAAAGCCUUCCCGGUUUUCAAUGUUCUUGAAACUUGCAGGGAAUAAUUCUUGACAAUUGAUCUCGGAAUUGUCGAAUUUAUAAAAAAAUUUAUCGAGCGGUUUUUGGAAAAAUGCGAAAUUCUUAGGCAUGGACCAAAUUACCUCCAAAAACUGUAUCAAAAGCAGCUGAAUGCAAGUUAAUAAAAUUCUUCUUACUCGCGAUCGCCCAGAGCAAUUCCCCUCUUUUUUUGUAUGCAGUUUUCAAUGGAAUCAAUCCACUAUGAGAUGAAGCCGCGUUCCCAAAGCUUAUCAUUUUCUUAAUAUAUUAGCGAAUUGAGCGGCUAGCAUGCUAUUUAACUGUUUUUAUGAUUCUUAAAAGUGUAUUUGAAAAUAUUUCGAAAACGCUCUCAUAGAAUUUCUUUAAACUUUGCCAUAAUGGAGGCAAUUAUGGCAGGUACAUACUCCCUUAAGCGAUUUCUUCAAAAAACUCCUGGUACAGAGAAACACAAGGAUAAAUGAAAAACGUAAUGGCAUCAUUACGUUGCCAUGGCGACUCCGAUUGCAAUAAAACCCAGAUCAUAAGAAAUUUUCAUCUUUAUGUAAUACAAUUGUGGUAACCUUUUUUCGAUAUCUUUACUCAUGCUGACGUAGUUAAUGCUCAAACUUGGGAGGUAUCAACCCCAAAAAAUCCAGUCGAGCCACCUUAAAAGAAAAGAAAAGCGUCACCUCAAUGAGUUGCACACCUGAGCCCGCAAUACAGACAUGUGACACCUGGAAGCGGAUACCCUAUUAAUUGAUCAUACAUGUCCAAUAUAAAGCUAAGUUAAACAUACGUUGUAUAUGCCUUAGACUUUACGGCUAGUAAGUAAGACAUUUCACAUCCGCUAACAUGAGGGUGGACGUACGUAGGUACCUACGGACGAUUUUGUCAGAGCCAAAAUUUGUUGAAUGCAUAGAUAACCAAAUUUUCUCAAAAUCUGAGGCGGAGGAUUUUCUGCUAGGCCAUUAUUGCAUUGACCUUUUUCGGAGAGGCUUAAAAGCGUUGCCAGAAUCCCACAUUUACGUACCCUACUUGCAGACGUUUCUUUCCGACCUGGUUUUGGCAUUUUUUAAAUCGUCAGUCGCGUCGCUGAAAUUAGUGUAGUUGGCUUGUUUAACCCCAUGUGCCAAUGUCAGUGAAGCGACUGAUGACUUCGUAAAUGCUCAUGUCAGAAAAAAUGUCUGCUAGCAGGGUAAAAGGCGACGUUUUAAUCCCUACCACUAGGGAGAGGGCUGGGUGCCUUAUGCUACAACGGCUGCUUGGGUAACCUGUGGCUUAAUUGAAAAUCUUUUGCAGUACAUUAUAUCACGAUCAACACAAGUUUUAAUCUCUCAUAUGGUCACCCCACCUACCCUGUAAACUUUAUCAAAGAGAGAGAUUUUAUGGACAGGGAGGUUACCCCACCAAAGCGGGUUACCUCACCUCCCUGUGGUCUUUCCAGUCCAUGUAAGCAGGUCCCCUCUACUUUACGACUAACGUUUUACUUGUGCAAGUUCAUUCUUAUCUCUCGGUUGUUUGUUCCCUUUCAGCUCGAAUAGAUUUGUCUGGUUGCUGGACUGACACCCCUCCUGUGACCUAUGAGCACGGUGGGGCUGUUCUUACCGUUGCUGUUAACCUUAAUGGAAAGGUAAGGGAGAACCAUACUGCAUUUAUUUUGAGUUUCGAGUUUUCCUUUCUUCUGCAAAUUAGGGCUUUCGUUAUUCAAACCUCGCUAUAGAAGUAUCAAAUUUACUGGUAUGAAAGAAAGACGAAAAGCCGGGAUUCUGGUCAUAGUAAUAAAAUGACACCAUAAAGCAAAUGCCGUAUUCUUAUGUGUUUUGCACAUGUUAACGAAGUCAGAAAGGCUAAUAAUACCUAUGAAAAAAUAAUAAUAGACCGCCAUUAUGAAAGAGGUCUAUUAGCCAAAGCCGAUUUUUUAACUAAUGGUUUUUUUCCUUUUUUUUCCGCUUUACAGAAAGUAACAGGGGCUAAAGUUAGAAAAAUAUCUGAGUGAGUGUUCAUUUUGGAAAUCUUAACGCUUUUCCAGAAGUAGAAUCUGGGACUGUACUAUUUAUCAUCUGUGCUAUUUAUCGAAACGUCGACUCUAAUUUAACUGAUUCGUGGGGGUUCGGUUCGCUUUGUACGCAUGAGCGCAAUAAGGUAAUAGGGAGUUUAAGCACCGACGUUUUGAGCAACGCACAACAACCGGAAGUGGACUUUGUGCAAUCUUAGGCUGUGAUUUUGAACGAAUUUUCCAGCAGCUCGUCUCUAUCGGAGUAAAGACACUUAGCAAUACAACUUAGGUAGCAUAAAGGCAAAUUAAAAAGGAAAAAGGUUCACUUUCGGCUGACGUACGUCGCUCAAAAACGUCGUUGCUUAAACUCCCUAUAGAGUGUUUUGACUCACGUGGCCAGCAUCUAUGCAAAUUUAUUGGAACAAAAGAAAGCGUUUGCAUGAGAAAAGAGUUGAACUCCCAGAGGAUUGGUUUGGGAAACCAACAUGGCCGCCGUUUCAUUGUUUUGGGACACCAAUAUGGCCGCCGUGACGUCAUAUGAAAACGCUCUAUUAGAGAGCUUAAGCAACGACGACGGCGACGUCACCGAGAACGGCAAAAAAUCAAUAGGUUUAGAUAAGGAAAAAAAACCCAGCUCUGCACUGACAUCACGCUUUAAUUUUUUGUACAUCUCUUUGCCGUCACUGCACAACUACGACAUGAAAAGGUUUAGUUUCACGUUUUGUGGAGGACAUGAACACAAGACUUACUUUUCUUGAACUUUAGAAUUAUUUAGAAUUCAACUCCAGGAAAAAUUGCAAGCAUUUGAUGAAUUGAACGAGAUGGAAUAAGCGAGAUAAAGUUUGAAGCAGCGCUACUUCACUUGUUGAGUGACGUUUUCGUAACCGUAGCCGUUGCCGCUGUUGUUGUUGUUUAAGUUCCCUAUUCACUGGAAAAAGAAGUUGGGCCAAAGAGAAUUUAAUCGGCUGAUUUAGCAACAGAACGGGAACGUCAUUUCACGUCGGGAAAGCGCGCGGAUAGGACUAAUCUCGACUUCCGGUGCACAAUUUGCCGCUCAGCCAUUGGUCAAGCCAGUUGUUUGAUUUGCGAGCGCCGUCAUCAACUGACGUUCCCGUUUUGUUGCUAAAUCAGCCUAUUGAGGAAGAAGGAACUGCUCCUAUUUUAAAUAUCCUGCUUGCAGGCGUCCAUUUCCCUAAUUUCGCUUCUUGAAUUACAGUCAAGAGGUCUACCAUAUAUUAAUAAUAAAUGAUAAUGAUAAUAAUAAUAAUAAUAAUAAUGAUAAUGAUAAUAAUUAAUAGAGAGAUUAAGCAUCGCGUUUACAGCAAACGGCAAACAUGGUGAGAUUCAAGUUGAGAAAUUUUCAAAAUGAGAAAUGAACAGAUAAAAACAGCUUAAAACAAUUCUUAUGGACAGAAUUGGCGUGAAUCUACCCAUUUUCGUGUAGUUAUAACGAACAGUAAACGAUAAGUAAAUGGAAAACUUUGUCACGUGGUACUAAUUCAGUUUUGAAGUUUGCCGUAAAUGCGAUGCUGAAUCUCUAUAUUAAUAAUUUCAAUAUUGUUUUUAGGCUUGAAAUAGUCCUUGUGAUUCACUCUGGACAACACAAUGUUCGAGUUGUAUGCAGUGAAUUAACGCACUUGGAGAAUUACACUCAGCCGCAUGCGCCAGGUAAAGUUAAUCCCAGGCCCUCUCUUUUUCGCUGAGAUCCGUUUAAUCAACAUUGUCCUACACAAACUCACUCCAAUCUAUUUUAGGAGUGGGUUUUCCAUCAACAAAUUUCGAACGCUUGGUAGCAUAUAGAGCGAUUUUCAUAUGACCUUGAAAAAUGGUUUCGGUAAGUGUUCGUUAUUUGUUUUAUUAGCCAACGGAUGAAAAGAUCAAAACGUGGCCUCUUCGUUUUCCCGCCAAAGAAAACCCUAAUAUGGAGAAGGCAUUUUUCGAUUGGCCAAUCGUGUUGCAGUAUGACGUCCAAGCCAAGUGUCGGUUGAUUUCUAGAAAGUUCUCGGGCAUGAAGUUUUUUCACCGGAGCGUUCGAUUAACCAACCAAAAGCCGCGCGCGUUUGUAUCCGUUCGAUAAACCAAUCAAAUCGCUCUAUUUCCGUUCGUUUGUUGUUUCUGUUUUGUUUGCGCGUUUUCAUUUCAAGGUCAUACAGAAAUUGCUGUAUGCUCUUAGGCCAUGUUUAUAUGGAGAAAAGCUGUGCCGGAUCACAGGGUCAACCUCCCUGAGCAAGCGUUUAUUUGAAAAUAUAGUUGACGCCUUUGUACGAUCCAACAGUGCUUGCGCAUGCUCUGAUUGUCUCGCUUGACCGAGUUGACCCGGCUGGGCGAGCCAAAGUGUUUUUAUGGAGAAAAGAUGGUCCAGCUAGGAGGGUGACCCUACCAUCACAAAAGGGUGACCCGGCUUGGUCAAUCUUCUAGCCGAGCCAACUUUUUGUUUAGUAAGAAAAUGUAUGAAAAGUUGGCUCGCCCAGGGUAAAGCUGUAUCUCGGAUAGGCGGAUGACCCGUCUACUCGGGACAAGUUUUUUCCAUAUAAACGGGACUUUGGUCGCUGAGAUACAGCCAGGAUCUUUUUUCUUUACGAAAACUGGAGAGUUCUUGAUUACAGUAUUACGUCCUUUCAAUUGCACGUUCUUCUUUAGGUGCUCUUCUUAAGGCUUGUUUUUGCCUCCUGGACAUUGUAACACUACCUUCAAGCGAACCAUUGAGUGCCCAGCUACAGAGAAAGUAUCAGGCAGGGUUUGAGCUCCACACGUGGUCGACUGCUCCUCAGGGCAGUGGCUUGGGAACGAGUAGCAUUUUAGCCGGAGCCAUUCUUGCCGCAUUGCUACGGGUUACAGACCGUACAGCCAGCUUGGACUCACUCAUUCACGCUGUGAUGAUCGUUGAACAAAUGUUGACCACUGGCGGCGGCUGGCAGGAUAACGCUGGUGGACUGGUACCAGGAUUUAAGAUGACUCGAUCCCAAGCCUCUUUACCUCUGAAGGUUGAAGUGGAACCGCUGAAUUUAUCUGAAACCACCGUGGAUGCAGUAACGAAACGAUUACUUUGCCUUUUCUCCGGAAAACCACGUCUUGCUAAAAAUUUGUUACAGGUAAUAAAGCAACUUUUCGUGUCCCAUGAAAGAGCUAUAAAAAAUGUGAAUUAAACCUUAAGCCAGAGCUAAUCAUAGAGACAUGAGCAGUUAUUCGAAUAUUUGUUGUCUUUGUGCUAUUAGUCUAUUGCAAGGUUAAUUGUCCAAACUACUAUCAUCCCCAGGACUCACUGGCCAUUGGCUACGGUGAGUCCUGGGACUCAUUUCAAGAAAAAUCCAAAACCCAAGUCCGAAACAAACGAGUGUUAGUCGAUAAAUUGAGAGGUCCCUGGGAGAACCUUGAACACUUGAAAUAUUUCAGGAAUGUUUAUUGUGAUAUAACCAAUCACAGCAAAGAUCAGAACAUGGGAACUAGCCACCAAACCACAAACUAAUCAACGCUCUUUCUUGCGGUUUAGUUAUCUCACGCCUGAUUGGCUUUUUUCUUGCAACACAAUAACAUUCCAGGAAUAUUUCUGUUGUUCACGGUUUUCCCGGUUUGACUGUACAUGCUUCUUGAAAGCAAUGAAUGGACAUAGGGCAAAUCGUUCUGUUGGCCAGAACCUCUUUAGAACCUCUAAUUUGAUAGUUUCUUGUUAGCCUGAAACUUUACUGUUUCAGAGUUGGGGUUCAUUGUUAGUUUUGUUUGGGUUAGGGCUAUCUAUUGUUUUCUAAACCAGUCCUGUGAGCCGUUCUUAGAGCUUCCGGCCCACCCAAAUCGUUAGAGGGGAGUUUAUUGCAUGAUGUGAGCGCAGUGGCAAGGACAAGAUCUUGCACCAAGUGAUGAGGACAUUUUAACCUUUCAUGAUUUCCUUCCAAAACACUUUCGUAAUACCCGGCAUAUUUUUGAAACCGCAUGCUCUUUUAUGCGAAUCCUUCAACCUUCCGUCCUUACAAAAUCAGUGAAUCCGCAAACCGAAACUGCAUAUUUUUGAAACCGCUCUCCAGAAUGGAUUUUUUUUGGAUCCGACGGGUUUGUUGAAUUCGUGUGGACGACUGAAACAGGCGGGGGAGGGGCGUGAAUCCAAACUGGAUACACUACACCGAAUUCGAGUGGACGAAAAUAUCAAGUAUUCAAUUUCAGCAUAUCCGGAUUCGUGUUUAAGUGGCCUAAGAAUGUGUACAUGAAUAGGAAUCGGUGGCGAUGUUUAAUCGUAACAAUUACGGAGGCUACGCAACGACAAUGACGGCGUCAACGAGAACGGCAAAAAAGCAAUAAGUUGAGAUUGGUGUUUCUGUAUAUUUUUCUUUGCCGUCACUGCUCGACUAAGACGUGAAAGUCCCUAAUUUCACCUUUUAUGGAGGACGUGAACACAAAACAACGAUAUUCUUUUUGUUUUUGCAGUGCCGUAGCGUGGGGAGGGGCCGGGGGGAGGGCCUGGCCUUCCCCCAAUAAUUUUGACAGGCACGUUUAAUUUGGUGAGCGGCCACGCUCUUCACGCUGCUCUUCGGGUCAAUGUGUUCAUUUCGGUUCGAUAAAGCGUCAAAAUUAUUUAUUUAUGGCUUCAACAAAGAAAAAUUGCUGGAAAUUAAUGCUCUCCGAAGGCUGAAAAUGCUAUUUCAGAGACCCUAUAGUUCAAAAUCUUGCGGGAGAGCAUGCCCCCGGACCCCCUAGCAGCUCGCGAUUUCGGCGCUCAUGAUUUCCCCUCCCCAUUACCUUGCUAUGGCACUGUUUUGUGAACUUUAGAUACAGUCCGUUAGAAUUCAACUCCUGAAAAAUCGCUAACAUUUGACAGAUUAAAGGAGUUGGAAUAAGAGCGAUGAAGUUUGAAACAGCGCGAAUUCACUUUUUGAGUGACGUUUUCGCUCCCGUUGCCGUCUUCGUUGCUUAACUCCCUUAUGUCUAAUUGAAAUGCUCCAAUAUUAAUAUCGGUGAAUUCAAUUUAAACCCUACUGAUUUCGCGUUUUUUAGGAUGUGGUCAGGAACUGGUACGCAAGGUUUCCACACAUAACUGAAAACGCUGACAACCUGAUAACAAACGCAGAGGAAGCCGUGGAAGCACUUAAGACAGGUAAAAUUGGGAUAAAUGUUAAGCCUCGUGAAAAAGGACGCAACAAUGUUUACCAACAACUCCCAUCAUUGCUGGAUGUUACAUGUUGCGUCCGUUUGCACAACCUGUUGCGUGUUGUUGGGAGUUUUUGCGCCAAGUUUGAAACCAGUCAAACUUUUGAACCAACAACUCCCAACAUUUCGUUUGUUCCGUGAUCGCCGAAGCGUAGCGCUACAAUGCUGCAUCGGCUUGCACAACUCUUCCAACAUUGUUGGGGCCAUGCACGCGCAUUACACAUGGUUUACAACGUCUUACGGGUUGUAACCUUCCCACGAUGCACUGCAGAUCCCAUCAUUAUUGGGAGCUGUUUCGUCCAUUUGCACACCACUGCCAACACGAACGCAACAACUUACGACAAUGUUGGGAGUUGUUGCGUCCGUUUACACGUCGCCUUUAGUUCUCGGACUGCAAAUAUUGGUCCGAUUGUACCAGCGUUGCCUGACAUCUUGUCACUUAAGGUUGCUACACACUAGACAACAAUUUGCAGCAACACACGGCAGCCACAAAUCUCUGUAGUGGAGAACUUUUGUGAAAAUCUUUGUCUCCGCAAUAGAAUUUUGUCGCCGUAAGAAGUCGGACAAAAUCAAAUCAGACUGAAUUUGUGCAACUUUUGCAGCGACAAAAUUCUGUUGCUGAGACAAAGAUUUCCCAGAAAUUCUCCACUACAUACGAAGCGAUCUGUCCCUGCAACGUGUCGUGCAACUGGUUGCAGCAACUCAUCGCCCGACCUGUACAAAAGGAGUGAUUGGUCGCCGCGACGUGUUGCAGCGACAGAAUCAGCGUUAGAAUCUGUCGUUAGAUCUCGCUUUUUAUUGCAAAUCCGGAUCCAGAUUUCCCAAUUGAACACGCUCUUAUUCACCGUUUUUCAGGAAAUGUUGAGAAGUUAGGCGCCUGUAUGAAUUGUUACCGUAAGCAGAAGUGUAUAAUGGCUCCCGGUGAGUAGCUUUCAGCAACUAUUCAUUCCCUUUCCAUCAUUAGCAGGGUUUAGAAUCAGGUGAGACUCAAGUUGACAAUAUCUAAAAUUAGGAAAUGACAAAAACUGCAAGCUGCAAAUGGCUUGUUUUUGUCUUCCUAUUGCAAUUUGGGGGUAAUUUUUUUACACAAACAAGUGUACUCUCGUAAUUCGGGCUUAAUUUACACAAAUUAAAAACCUAGGAUACUGCUUCUGGAAAAACCAAAGCUUUUAGUAAUACACACAUUUCCCGCAGGAACCGAACCUGAUGGAAUACGAGAUAUGAUGGAGGCGCUGAACCCUUUCGUAUUAGGUGAGACGUUGUUUGUUUUUUACCCGGCUUACCAGGCUAGUUCUCGAGUUUAUUAUUAUUAUUUUUUUUUCACUACAAGACAACGGCCUGAACCCAGCGGUGUACUCCGGAUUUCAAGUGACUGGGAUGAUCUAAUGGGGGCAAAAAUCAAAACGCGAAAAAAUCCCUAGGGCUUCCAACAAAAGCCCAAAAUUUCCCUGGAACAAAAAUUAACCCCCCAAUAAAUCCCAUAUAGAACUACGCAGCCGGGAUACGCGGGCACUACAACAUAUCUGCAGAUUGUUUUAAAUACCCAAAAAAUCCCUCUUUAAAUCGAGCCAUCCCAAAAAAUACUUAAUAAAUUUUUAAAUAAUACUAAAUAAUUUUUCUACCACCCGCCCUCCCCAAAAAAAAAAAGUCCCGGAAUCGAAGAUUUCCAACCCAGAAAAAUUCCUUCGAUGAUCCCUGUCACUUGAAAUGUAGUACCUCCCCCUGGGAGCCUGACGAUUUUUCUGACAAUAGCUUUUUAAUUGUUUCAGGACAAACCCUGACCGGAGCUGGAGGGGGAGGCUUUUUGGUUCUUAUCACUAAAGAACCUAACAUGGCUGAUAAAAUACGAGCUGUGAUCGAGGAGAAAAAGGUACUAGCGCCUGAAUGUCACAUUCCAUCGAUACAAACAAAAAAAAAAUCAACAAAAGGGGAAAUUGCUAACAGCAGUGUUUUUCUAUUGCUGACAACGUUCAGAGUGUUAAUCACUCUCUAAAAAAAAAGCCGUUGUAAAAGUUUCCCGAAAACUAUGAUUCAGGUGAUGAUAGAGUUAAGUUUUAUAACCUGAGACACUGUGAAACAACGACAACAAAAGCAACGCGGCUAGAUUUUGCCGGGGUAAUAGGUGAUGGAGUAUGUGGUCGAGGCUCUUCACCUAGGCUAGACUGUUCACAGUCCUUUUAUUUUUCCAUGAGAUCAAGAUCGAAAUUCCGUUACGGUCGGCCAUCUUGGAUAAGGGUCAAAUCUACUUUAGGUGCAAUAAAACGGGCAACAAAGAACGUGAAACUUGUUUUGCCACGUUGCUUCAAACGAGUUGAAUAGCGAUGUUGCGCGGUUUAUCAUCACGAAAAAAAUGCUUGGAGUCAUAUUUGUUGCAAGACAGGUUCGAACAUGGGUGGUAAAACGCGCAACAUCGCUAUUCAACUCGUUUUGCUGCAAUGUUGCAAAAAAAUUCCCCUUUCUGUUUUUUUGUUACCCGUUUUACUGUAGCUCUAGCAGGAGCGGGGACGGGUAAAAACCUCGACGUCCGCGUCGUUAGUAAAUAUGAAGCCAAGUUGGCCGACCGUACGGUAAGGUUUUGGCAGAAAGCGCUGGCAAAUGGCGCAGACAAUUGUUUCGUUUCCGUUUCAAACUUGAAAACUCUUGUUGUAGUAACCUAUAAGAAUUGAGUAAAUUUACAUGGUAUUAAUGAUAUAUUAAACUUUGAACACUGCAAAUCAGUGUGGAGAUAAAACGCUAGCUUUUGAGUGUUUAGCUUAGCUUUUGCAAGUCUCUCGGUUUGACAUCGGUUGCAGGGUUCGUUUGUCACACACACAGCAAGUUGUUCUCUUAAGAAAUCGAUUCCCACAGUUUUGUUUUUAGAUGACUUUGCAAAGUCUUACUUUUAGAACUAAGUUCUUCAUAAUUUUGCGGUUUCAGGCUUCGGAUGAGUUCAUUUUUUACGACGUAAGCGUGGACUGGGAUGGACUGACUGUGAGAGUAGAAGAACCGUCGCAAUGAGUCAUGGACCUUCAGUAACCGCCACAAGUUAGGCCACAGUGAUGUAAUCGGUAAAGAGCAAAAGAAAUUUAGAAUUUCAGUUCGAGUCAGGGAAAAUUUAAGUCUUUGAAAGAAGUCAGGGAAAAGUAAAAUUUUAAGGGUACAUUUACAUAUUUUACGGACAUGAAUCACGUUGUAUUGGUAGAAUAUUGUUCAUGAAGUUGAACAGCAAGCUUAUGUUGGGUUUGCAAAAAAAUCAAUCCUGUUUGCACGUUAUAUUAGGGAAGGUAUCAACUCAUGUACAUUGCACGUGACUUGUGAAAGCAUAAAUAAGUGGGUUGGGGGAUAGCUGUCAGGGGAGCGUUGAGUACAAUAUCAGAACUAAUUUGGGAAAUUGUUAAUUCAGUUGGUCAGGGAAAUUUUUCAUUGGUCAGGGAAAAGUCGGAGAAUUUCAAAAACCUCUGGCUGUAGCAACCAUGUUCUAGAUGAUGAAGAUAUUUACUUGAAUGUCACAAAUUUAAUAGAAUAUUUUAAGAAGUUAAUCUGAAACGUAAUUAGUCUAGUCUAUUUUCAAAUAACAAAAUCCCUGACUUGAAUUUAUGUGCAAGGUGUUUCUACCCGUAUGUUUUUGUAUUUC